CCCAGGCACUUCAGACGCAGCAGGGGAAGGAGUCCUGCCCGCUGCUGGCGGAGGCUGGGACCGGCAGGACACUGCUGCUAGCCCAUGCGGGACAGCCCCAGGCUGGGCGCGGGGUGCGGGGGCCGGGGGAUGCCCGAGAAAGGUGAAGGCAGCACGAGAUGCUCCUUUCGCCUUCCCCCUCUCCUCCAGCGGAAACAAAGGGCCGGCGCUGGCGGGUGGCCAAGGUGAUUUCCCAUAAACCACAUGCUCCGAGGCAGUAUAAGGGCGAGCCCAGGAGAGCAGGCAGGACAGAGCCACCUCCUCCUCCGUGCGCGGAGCCGCAGCGAAACUUCCUCCCGGCAGCCCGCGAUGACUGCACAGCUCCGCGCCGCCGCCGCCGCCGCCCCCCGGCCCCGCUCCCAGGAGGUGCCAGCUCCGCGGACGGCUGUCCCCAUGCGCCGGCUCGGCCCCAAGGCAUGCCCAGUCUCCUGCACCCUGCUGACUUUCCUCCUCCUCGCCACCUGCAGCAUCCAUGAAACUGAGCAGAAAGGCUACUGUGAGAAUAUCAUCACCCAAAAGCACCUGGAUAAGCUGCAGGAGUUGAUCGACUCCCAGAUGCUGAUGCCCUGCCGCAUCUCCUUUGAGUUCAUUGAUGAGAAGCAACUGGAGGACUCCAUCUGCUUUAUCAAAGCGGCCUUCCCUGGGCUGGCGGAUAUCCUGGAAAAAAUGCAGUUCAAGGAGAACUCUGACAACUUCAACAAGACAAGGGACGUGCGGGCCAUGUACAAGAAGAUCGAUGAGAAUGAAGAGCCGUGCAUCAGCGAACAGAGCGAACAUGAGCACGAGGUAUCCCAGGCCUGCUUCAAGGAGUUCUCCGUGCCCCCUGAGGAGAUGCUUCAGCUGGUGAAGGAUUUCUUUGGCAAGGUGAUGGUCCACCUGAAGAAGGGUGAGGAUUUUGCACGCGACUGCAGCACCACCUACCAGAAGUGCUCCAACUCCCCACAAAAGGAACCGCCUUCUCCAGGUGUGGUGACUGACCAUGACUGCAACUGUCCAUCCCCCAGCCCCCCAGGCGCUCCCCACCCCAGCUUGGUCACCAAGCCCUCCCCUUCCACUCUGGGCAGCACCCACCUGCCACUCAGCCAGCCCGGCACCACACCAGCCCCAGCCAAGUUACUCAGCAGCGCCAGGCCCAGGGGACACAGGAGCACACACCGAGGCCUGCUGGCUAUGGAGAUGCAGGGAGCCUGGGCUGGCAUCUCUGCCAUUGUGUCCUCACCACCAGCAGAACUGGAGCUAGCGUCAGCAUCACAGGGGCCUGGCAGUGGGGCCGAACCGCUCCUGGGCCUACCUGCUCCUCCCAGCACCGAGUACGUCUCCAGCUCCCCUGCCAGCCUCCCGGCCUCUGGGGCAGAGAUGGACACAGGGACUGAGGUGGAGAGACCCCAGACCCGGCCGACUGGGCUCAGGCAGUUCCUGCAUGCGCCUGGUUCUCCAGUCCCAUCACUCAAUGCCAAGCCGACCCAGCCUUGGACAGGACAAGAGGCCUCCCAAGCCACCUGGACAUCCUCCACAGAGGAGCUGAUGGAUGUCAGCAGCGCCAAUGCCAUCUCUAGCCCAGCCCUGAUGUCUGCCGCCCUGGAUGCCCUGGGAGCAGGCCCCGGGGACCCAUCGGGGACUCCUCUGACCAGGAAGCUGUGGCUGAUCCCCUCUCCGGGCUCCAAGGAGCCCUUCUCCAUCAUGCAGCACCGGUUCUCCAGGAUGGCUCCUACUGUGGGGAGCCCUCCUGCCCCAGAGAGACACCCCAGGGCGAGCCCUCGGCUCCCAGCCGGGCAGGGCAGAGCCCCAGACCUGCAGCACCCCACGGAGCCCCGAGGAAAGAGAACAGGGGGGCAGGCCAGCUUCCGAGAGCCUGAGGACAGACUGGCAGGGCCUGUCCCCGGUUUUAACAUCCUCCCUCCGAACGCAGACCAGCGCAGGAGGGAGGCCCUGCCCCGCGAGAGCCGGUGGGUGGUCAUGACCUACGUGCUGGUGGCGUCCCUGGCGACCGUGGUGAUCCUGCUGGCCGUCGGAGGCCUCCUCUUCUACAGGCACAGAGUCAGGGUCCUGGAGAGACGGCUGCAGUGCAGAGGGAAUGCAGGAGAGGAGCAGGAGGGAAGGCCGCUGAAUGGAGUGGAGGAGCAUCUGGAGCUGCAGGGGCAGGGUGCCCUAUGAGCGGAGCCUGUCCUGUCCCAGGAAGAGUAGCGGUGGGAGCCUGGAUUCCGGGCCCUCCCUCUUGCGUGGGAUCUCGGCCCCGGAUGGAGAACUCUCGGCGUCUCGUGCUGCUUGCCGCUUGCUCUCACUCUGCGCCUCUCUGCAAGCUCCGGGAGACUGGCCGGAAAUGGAAGCUGUUGGUUCUUUGCACGGGAGCCCUGGUUCUGGGCUGCCUCACGCCCCAGCCAAUCUACCCUCCUCUCAGCGCAGCCUGCAGGACCAACCAGCAGACCUGGCACCAGAGGGACUGAUGACGAGAGAGAAACCGCGUGGAAAGUGUCAGGCGGACUCGGCAGCAGGGGCUUGCUGCUGCUGCCCGAGGGGCUGGCUGUGCCUGCCGUGGAGGGCUCGGCGAGAGGGGCAUGCCUGGGCAGGAAUGAGAGGACUUUGCUGAGCCUGCCAGGCUGGCGUUGCUCUCUGCUGGUGGCUCCGGGAUGCAGGAGUGAUGGGGGCUGCAGUCUGGGGCCUCUUUCUUCCUGCUUCACACACCAGCUCCAUCUGGCCACAAGGGAGAGAGGAGCAGCUGCUGGUCCAGAGGGCUGCCCCGGUGGCCCCCCCGCCGCUCACUCUGUCCACCCCAGCACAGAGGCAUUUGGAACGAUGAGCAGCAGCGGCUCCAGGCCAGAUCAACCUUUCCAGGAACCCUUUAAUUACAUGCACAGGCUAGUGCCAGCUCCCUCCAUGUCUGGAAGCUGCUGUGCUUGGCCCUGGAGCCAUGAGGAUCACAGCCAGCACUUGCUCUCUCCCUUCUCCCCUCUCCCCCCUCCCCCAUGUGCUGCCCUAGAGGCCGAAGGGGGCAGUGCUGCACAUUGGGCUUCAGGAUCAGUCUCUGACUUUUGGGGUCCCCCCCCCGCAAGGUACGUCCCUAUCUCCUAUCUCAUCCGCCUCUCCCUCCCCCUGAAUCCCAGGGGAGCCUGCUCCCUCCCGUACCCCGGGCAUGCUGGGGAGUGGGUAAUAGAAUCAGGGUCACGGGUCACAGCCCCGGAAG